AUGGAACGGCCCGCCACUCCUCCCCAAGGGCCGAGUGGGCGGUCUGAGACAACCUCUGCGUCUGCAUCAACGCCAGAAGUCGCACGGCGAAUCGAAGAGAACAGGCUCAAGGCCAAAGCCCUCCGCGAGCGCUCGCUCGCCACCGAGCUCAGGAGCGAAACAUCCGCAACGGCUCGAACGCCUUCUGGGUUCGUCGCAUCCUCCGCCACCUCCACGGCGGGUCGGAAGCGGCCCCACGAUGCGAUAUCCUCAUCGAGCCGGUCGCUGGAAACGGUGCGCGAUGCUCGGAGGGCGCCUGCAGACGAGGGCCUCCAGGCCGCGCGUAAGUUUAAGAAGUAUGUCGACCACGAUUUUAGCAAGAUGACGGACACAAAGGGUGGGUUCCUGAGCGCGGAAGACGAUCCGUUCAACAAGGCGCUGCAUGCGCCAGAGAAGGAUGGGGGCAAACCUGCACAUAUGACGUUGAAGGAGUGGGAGAGAUACCAGUUGCUGAAGAGUCUGAGGCAGAGGAAAGAAGGCCCCUUUGAGCCGGGACUGAGCAUCCUGUCGAGGGAUGGAAAGAAGUGUAGAGAGUGUGGAAGCUUGGAGAUUGACUGGCAAUGGGAAGAGGUCUUUCACUGUGCCGUCUGCGGGAGUUGCAAGGAGAAAUACCCCGAGAAGUAUAGUCUACUUACGAAGACGGAGGCUAAGGAUGAUUAUCUUUUGACUGAUCCGGAACUCAAGGAUCCGGAACUUCUGCCACAUUUGAAUAAACCAAAUCCCCAUAAGUCGCAUUGGCAUGACAUGAUGCUCUUUCUUCGGUACCAAGUUGAAGAAUACGCAUUCACGGUCAAGUGGGGAUCCGCUGAAGCUCUCGAUGCCGAGUUUGAGAGAAGGGAAGCAGAGAAGAAGAAGAGGAAGGAAGAAAAAUUCAAGAGCAAGCUACGAGAGUUGAAGCAAAAAACGAGGACCGAAGCCUAUAGAAGGAACAUGGCGAGUGGCGGGAAAGCAGGCCAGUUCGGUGAUGCUAUUGGCAAUACGAGGCAUAAGCAUGAAUGGGGCCAGACGGUCGAGAAUGCGGAUGGGGUCAGCGUGAAGACGUGUGUAGAAUGCGGCAUGGAGGUUGAAGAGUUGGAGUUUUGA